CAGCGCCCUGCAGAUCUUUGUCUCAAUCCCUGAACUCCAGAACUGCAGCCACAGCUCCUCACAUCUGCACUCCAGCUGCCUCCUGGACUGGGACAGGAUCCUGAGCCUCUUCAGCAUCUGCAUAGGGAACAAGGUUUCUUGCACCAAACUUACCCCGCGCGCGGCUCCGCCACUCCCGUGUGCCCCACCCGCGCACCUGCAAACUUCACCGUCUGCACCUUGCUACUCUCUGGCCCCAGCGGGCGCGGGAGCGAGUCAUGGCCAACGCUGGGCUGCAGUUGUUGGGCUUCAUCCUGGCAUCCCUGGGCUGGAUCGGCUCCAUCGUGAGCACUGCGCUACCCCAGUGGAAGAUUUAUUCCUACGCUGGCGACAACAUCGUGACGGCCCAGGCCAUCUAUGAGGGUCUAUGGAUGUCUUGCGUAUCUCAGAGCACCGGGCAAAUUCAGUGCAAAGUCUUCGACUCCUUGCUGAAUCUGAAUAGUACUUUGCAAGCAACUCGUGCUUUGAUGGUGAUUGGUAUCCUGCUAGGACUAAUAGCCAUCUGUGUGGCCACUGUUGGUAUGAAGUGCAUGAAGUGCAUGGAAGAUGAUGAAGUGCAGAAGAUGCGGAUGGCUGUCAUUGGGGGUGUGAUAUUUCUUAUUUCAGGUCUGGCUCUUUUAAUUGCCACAGCGUGGUAUGGCCAUAGAAUUGUUCAAGAGUUCUAUGACCCCAUGACCCCAGUAAAUGCCAGGUAUGAAUUUGGUCAGGCUCUCUUCACUGGCUGGGCUGCUGCUUCUCUCUGCCUUCUGGGAGGUGCCCUACUUUGCUGCUCCUGUCCCAGAAAAACAACAUCUUACCCAACACCACGGCCCUAUCCAAAGCCUGCACCAUCCAGUGGGAAAGACUACGUGUGACAUAGACACCAAAGGAGACAAACCUGUUGGAGUAGACAGAAAAUGGACGUUGAAAUACUGUCAUCAACAUGAAGACCUUAUACUUCUGACUGUUAUAGUCUGAACUGUGAUAUCGAAAAAGGAAAAAAAAAAAAAAGCUCCUUUUUUUAAUGUCCAUUGCAAAAGCAGCUUAGUCUUAUUUUAUCUCUCCCUCAAUAUGGACGGAAGGUGUUUUUGUUAUAUUACUGCAUUCCACUGAGUAAUCACCUCAUCUGUGGGGAGUACUUCUUACAAAUAUAUAUAUAGAUGUGUAUAUAUAUAUACAUUUUUUCUAUUAAAAAUAGAUAGUAUAAGAAACUUCUUAUGUUGGCACAAGCAUACCUAAAUAUAUAUAUAUAUAUAUAUAGAACAAGAGAGAAUAUUUAAUUCUGUAUUGAUUGAAUAAGCAGUUUAUUUGAUGUAUUUCUCAUUUUUCUACAUGUACACAUUUACUUUCCUUUAGCCUUUAAUUUUUCUACAGAAGACAUAGCCUGCUAUAACAAGUAGGAAUUCCUUCAAUUCUUGUGCCCUUACAUAUGCUUAUUUUAUGUUAUCCACUGCACCACUUCCUGGGCCUUGCUUGUUUUAUUUUUACAUUAAUCUGCUAGCAUCUGCUUUACCAUUGGUCAGUUAUUCUGGUUUUUUUUAAAAUAUGGUUGAGCUCACCUCCUGAAUCUGAUAAUGUAUUUUAUAAGCUUUCAAUUUAAUCCCUCAAGUCAUUAAAAACCUCUUUCUAUUUAGGAUUUUGGGCACACAUCUUUCUGCAUGACCAGAACGAUGUAUUUCUGUGACCUUUCUACAUGAUCCCUGUACUCUGACCUGUAACAUCUUUGUUUGCCUUGAAAAUAUUUGUACUAUUGAGUAGCAGUGUGCUGCUUGUCUGGGUGUUGUAACACGAUUUUAUAGAUUAAAAGUCAAGCUAUUUAUGCAGCUGAAAGCCCCUGAAAAGUUCUCCCCCACUUCUUUAAACAUACUGCUUUCUCAGAUGUAAAUAUGUAGGUGUGGUUUGUUUAUCCGAAUGAACUGCCAGACUUGCUGUUGUGAUAAUUUGGUGACAAAUAUUCUCUUCUUAUCUGUCUGUCAAAUUGAGAUAAUGAUACUUAACCAGCUGUUAGUUGUAGUAUGAGUAUCAAUUAGUUGGUAUUGUGCUUAUUUUCUGAACAUGAAUUACACCUGAGUAGUGUUUUUAUUUUCUCAAUUGGCUAUUAAGUCAUUGAAGAAAACAUAUAAACAUGCCUUCUCUUCAUUCAGCACCUUCCUUUCCCCUUUCCUUUCUCAGAUCUGCCUAGUAUUUUGUUGGUGCUCAGUUUCAGUUUCAUUUUUUUUUUUUUAACCAGAACACUGUUCAGCUCUGGCUUAUGGUGGUGUGGGGGAUUGAAUCUGGGACUUGACAGAACCUCAGGCAUGAGAGUCUGUUUGCAUAACCAUUAUGCUAUCCGUGCCCACCCGCUCAGUUUCUUUUUUGACAAUUGCUCUUGUCAUCAAGUCUAAGGAAAAUGGUACUUCACUUGAGACAGAUAAUGUAAGGAUGUUAGUUAGUUCUGGUGUCUGGAGGCCCUAUUUCAGUGUUGGUGCUAUCAAUUACUGACUAAGUUUGAGCACAACACUUGUCUGUUUUCGACUUAUUGUUUCAUCUGUUAAAAAAAAACAUUCCUGACCGGCCUACCUCACAGAGUUGUUGUGGGGAUCUAGUGAAAUAGGAUACAUGUAAAUGUCUUCUAAGGUGAAAAAUACUGUAGUAGGAGAAAGAAUUAUGGGAUUUAAAUGCAUAGGUUUUAGAUUACUUUUCAGACCACUUGAAAAGAGAGAUUUUAAAAACAGGCUUUUUGACUUAAGUCAUCUCUCAAGCAGCUAGAUGCUAAAGCAAAGUUUGGCUCACUAAAUGAAAAAGCUAUUAAGAAAGUUUUCAUUUCAUUAAUCAGUCUGAUCAUAUGCUUUUUGUGAGUAAGUUUUUCCCUAUUCAGGGAUACAGAAUUGAAUUAGAACAAGUCUUCAAAUAUAAGAGAUAAAGCAAAUGUGCAAGUCUUUGCAUAGCCAAAGUAUGGAAGAAGUUUUCUGAAUUAUAGUAACUUGCAAGGGUAGGGAAGAUAACUAUCUAUUAAAUGUUCCUUUCAGAGCUGUUGCUAAUAGGUGACAGGGGGAUAGGUAGUUUGAACCAGGUAAUUCACAGUGAAGCCACAUGACUAAGUUACCAAAGAAUGCAGCAUAAAAGAAUUAGAACAUAGUAAAUUUUAUGGUGUUCCUUCUAAACCUGUGUCUGCCUCUAGAAUGUAUACUUCAAAGGGUCUUUACUACAUCACAAGAUCCUAAUAAUGUAUGCAUAUAGUUGCUUUUUGCUAUACUCUACCAAGAAAUCUGUAGUUCAGAAAAAGUUACAGAAUUGCUGCACCAGAAUUUACCCAAUUUUGAUAUAUUUGUAUUCUACUGUACCUGGAAACAGACCAAUAGAUAUUUUGGGGGGGAAUUGUAAUAGGAGUUUGUACACAGCAUUAUUCUUUUUCAAUAAAUUUUUUUAAUAAAAUAAAACUUAAAGCUUA